GGCAGAUCGUGCAAACUCCUGUGGCCUGUCACUGCUCCUCAUUCCAGCGAAAUCGAGCGUCCGAACUCCAUCCAAUUCCCUCCUCCGGGCUCCAGCUCUCUUUUUUUCAAAUAAAAUAAAAUCCACAUGAAAAGUUUGAAGCUGUAACACAAGAAUUAGGAUUAGCGUUAGAGUUGAGGGCGAGAUGAGGAGGGAAUUCUAAUCUAAGAGGAAGGCGAGAAGGAGAAGAUGCAAGGCGGUAAUCUCCAGUUCCAAGUGUUCUCGAGUGGGAGAUCCCCUCCUUUAACCUUCUUCGUUUCGUCCCCCUAUCUUCUUGAUCGGAGAUCCAGGAGGAAUUCGAUCUCUUUAAGGUAUAGAUGCAUACCCAGGUUGAAAUCAAUAGGUAGAAUCAUCAGAGUUCAAGCAUCCAACGUCAAUGUCGGAUCUGGGAGCUAUGGAAGAGAAGGAGAAAGAGAAGGCCACAGCAAUCUCAUGGAUGGUUCUACUAGAGUUCGUUACCAACUAUCUAUUGCCGGUGUGCUACUCGUGUGUACAUUAGCAUUUUCACUUGUUGUUUUCUUGAAGGGAGGCCCUUCUGCACUUGUAAAGGCACUUGCAAAAUCAGGCUUCACAGCUGCAUUUACUUUGAUCUUUGUUUCUGAAAUUGGGGACAAGACUUUUUUCAUUGCUGCAUUGUUGGCUAUGCAAUAUGACAAAGCACUGGUUCUAUUUGGAUCAAUGGGUGCUCUUUCACUUAUGACAGUCUUAUCUGUGAUAAUGGGACGGAUUUUUCAUUCUGUACCAACGCAGUUUCAGACAACUUUACCAAUUGGAGAGUAUGCAGCGGUGGCACUUCUUACAUUCUUUGGUCUCAAAUCAAUUAAAAAUGCAUGGGAACUUCCAUCAAAUGCAAGUAGUAAUAAGAAAGGGAGUUCUGACCUCGGAGAGCUUGUUGAAGCUGAGGAGCUUGUGAAGGAAAAGGUAGCCAAGAAGCUCAUGAAUCCUCCUGAACUCCUUUGGAAGUCUUUCAGCCUUGUGCUUUUUGCGGAAUGGGGUGAUAGGUCAAUGCUAGCUACAAUUGCUCUGGGUGCUGCACAGUCUCCUUGGGGUGUAGCUAGUGGAGCCAUAGCCGGUCACCUAUUCGCAACAUCGAUUGCAAUUUUAGGUGGAGCAUUUCUAGCCAACUAUAUUUCAGAGAAACUGGCCGGGAAAAUGCUGCUGUAGAUCAGGAGGUUCGGCCUACGUAUUAAAUGUAUCAAGUCAAGCUGAUGCCCGUGAAAUCUGGAUAAUCUCUAGACUCCACAGUUGCAAACUUUUAUAAAGCUCCGAGCAGCAGAAAAAAAGAUUGAGAUCACAUGAAAUGAGUAGACCUAUAAAGAGUAGUAGAAAUAUACAUUGUCAUUGAUGUGGAAAGCUAAGCUCACAGGAUAUGGUCAUACCAUGUUUUUUUUUUUCAGACAUCUGGUCAAAGUUCAUGCUUUGUUUUUGGUGCAAGAUAGUCAAUGGCGGUAUCUGUCAGGUAAAACGAGAGGAC